CAAGCUCGUGUGUGAGAGUGCAGUGAACGAAUUUGUCUGUGUUUCUUGCCGUGAUCGUGUACAAAGACCACGGCUCCUCGGGGUGGUUCCGCCCAGGGCUGGUCUGGACACGCCUCUCAGCACCCUCCGACCCCCAUUCCACUGAAUGUCGCGGAGCAAAGUGAGGAAAAAGCAAAAGUGAAGUCAGACUAGCUGACGGUUUUCAUGCUCGCGAUUUCCACAUGCCGGCUUAAGAUUGGAUCCUUGGACUCUACGACGUGGAAAUUCUUCAGCAGAUAGCUCCACGCCCACUCCCGCAACCGUAAACGGAGUCUGACCCGCCUGUUCUAUGCAUCACGUGACUCAAGAGGCCGGAGGACGUAGCACUUUGCGGCCUUUAGCAUUGCUAUCCCCAUCUCCUAGACAAGAUCCCUUCCCUCAUUAUGUUGGGUUGGCCUUCUCUGGGAGAGAGUGAACAUUUAUUACUACCUGUGACGACCACCCAAAGGCCACACCCCAGCGAGGCACGGCAAGUGAAGUGAGGGCCUCGCUCGCCCAUUCAAGUUUUUUCCCCCUCAAGCCAGAAGUUGGUGAAGACCACCUCCCUCUGCUCUCAUCCAUCAUCCAUCCUCCAUCCGAAACCAAUCGUCUCUGCCCGACCACCUUCCCUGUGAUCGACCACAUCGUCGCCGUGGGCCAAAGCAACACAACGUCGUGAAUGACAAGUUGAUAGGAGACCACCUCGUCCCGCCCCCCUCCUCGCUGCUGCUCCUGCUGUUGCUUGUGCUGUGCUGGCCUGUCACCAACACCAACACCCCGACUAAACGCCAAGCACCAUGAAUGAGUUGGACCAACUAAGAUCCGAGGCAGAGCAACUCAAAAAUGCUAUCCGCGAUGGACGAAAGGCGGCGUGCGAUACCACCCUGGCGCAAGCGGCGGGCACCAUGGAGCCUAUUGGCCGCAUUCAAAUGCGGACGCGCCGCACCCUGCGCGGCCAUCUCUCCAAAAUAUACGCGAUGCACUGGGGCAGCGAGUCAAGGAACCUGGUGUCGGCCUCACAGGAUGGAAAGUUGAUCGUCUGGGACAGCUACAGCACAAACAAGGUCCACGCUAUCCCCCUGCGAUCAUCAUGGGUGAUGACAUGCGCCUACGCUCCAUCCGGAAGCUUUGUGGCGUGCGGCGGUCUAGACAAUAUUUGUUCCAUUUACAGUUUGAAGACCCGUGAAGGAAAUGUUCGCGUUAGCCGGGAACUGCCCGGCCAUACCGGAUACCUGAGCUGUUGUCGCUUCUUGGACGAUAACCAGAUUGUGACAAGCAGUGGUGACAUGACCUGCGCAUUGUGGGAUAUUGAGACCGGACAGCAAACCCAAACCUUCAGUGGACACACAGGGGAUGUGAUGUCACUAUCGCUGUCCCCAGAUUACAGAUCAUUCGUAUCCGGAGCAUGUGAUGCUUCUGCCAAGCUUUGGGAUAUUCGAGAAGGCCUUUGCAAACAAACUUUCCCCGGUCAUGAAAGUGACAUCAAUGCAGUGACGUUCUUCCCCAAUGGUUAUGCAUUCGCCACCGGCUCCGAUGAUGCCACUUGUCGACUCUUCGAUAUCAGGGCAGACCAAGAACUGGCCAUGUACUCGCAUGACAACAUCAUUUGUGGAAUCACUAGCGUGGCGUUCUCCAAAUCUGGCCGCCUUCUUUUGGCCGGAUACGACGACUUCAACUGCAAUGUCUGGGACUCCAUACGGGCAGAACGUGCAGGCGUAUUGGCUGGCCAUGAUAACCGUGUGAGUUGCUUGGGAGUGACGGAAGACGGUAUGGCUGUCUGCACUGGAUCUUGGGACAGUUUCCUCAAGAUUUGGAAUUAAGCUUGAAGAAAAGAACCAAAAAAAAAUCUUCUCCUACUACGAAUUAUUCGAGAUACUACAAACAACAAAAAUCAUAAGCAAAACAGGCACAAUGUGACGCGCAAUGGAAACAGAAACAGUAGCAUGCCAGAGCACAACAACUAUUAACCUAGCGCAUGAAAACAAGCAAAAUUUCGAGGGAAACUUACAUGCCUCGCGUUCACAUACCAGCGAAAAAAAGCAAUGCCAUCAUCCAAAGUCAUGACUGCACAAGGAGAAAAACGUUCCUUUAAAAACAAACAUGAACUUGACACUGACGAGAUCCACGAACAACAACUACUACAACUACAACAACUCCACCACCAUUAAUAGACUUCACGACCAUUGAAGCCUCGUGAUUUGACCAUCCUUCAAAGAAAGACUCAAAAGAGCUCCCGAGAGUGACCAGAGCAACAACCUUCGCGGUCUCGGCCUAGGCGAUAUCUUCAUUGAUUUUUGAUUCUCCAUUUCCUUUGUUCUGUUCCUCCGGAUGCGUUGAAAGUCAUCCGAGACCGUUCUAUCACCUCUCGUCAUGGAAAUCGUUGGAUCACUUCUUGCGCUCUAACUCUCUCUCGCUUGGGGCAAGUUCUUGUGUUCAGACUUUAUAAAAAGAUAUAACUACCCCACUGAGAGAUGCAGACCAGGAAGGCAGAAGACCACCUUAAACAGCACAAGACCUUGACAGCCUCGGGAGACCCAAACAGUUCCAACAACAUCAUUGACAUCAAGAGCUUCAGCAACCAGUUGAUUUGAUUUGCUGCAUUUAUUCAGUGCGUCGUAGUGACCAAAAUUCGUGAAAUUUCUCUUCUUUUGUCAAUUCAAACCAUUGAUUGAUACCACAUCACCCGCCCCCAUUUCUCACCCCCACCCCCACCCCACCCCAAUGCCUGUCUUAUUGAGUCUACAGAUUAUCCGAAAAGAAAAGAAAAACUGCCGGUCCAUUCGGAUCCAUCGCCUACCUAUCCUUCAAUCUCUUGUUCAGAGCUUCAGCACUGUUGUUCCACUGGCCCGUUUUACUUAGUUGCACGACCGACAAGAUAGCCGUUUCACUGAUUUGUCCCUGUCCGUUUAUGAAUCAGUCUAACCCAACUCUCUCCCUUCCCCACCAAAAAAAAAACAUAACAAUCUGGAAACCCGGUCACAUGUCUGGAAUUCCCAGGUUUGGCGCCAUUUCGGCCUUGUUGGAAACACCCAGCCACUUGCCUUGGUCCCCCAUGAUCCAUGCUAUAACUUGGCGGAGACCACCCACCGCCCUCGGGCUCAGUAGCACGGAUUCAUGGUCUCGGCGACGACACUGAUUGGCGACAGGGCGGGAUUGUUUGGCGCCAAACCUUGGGGCGCUUCGUCUCUUUUUUCCUUUGUUUUGCCAUUUGAAGAAUGACGCGCCAAAUUUGAAACCCGUUUCCUUUUAGCGGUUGGGCAUUAUGAUUCAUACUAUCAGACGAUCCGUCUCCACCUGGAUUGUCAAGGGCUCAGUAGUAUGUUUGCAUAAUGGUCGAACGAUUCAAUUUCUCGUUUCCAAGCGCCCUGUCAGGGUUUAUAUUCUAUAUUUUUACCUUGAAACCAAAUUCCAAAUCGUUGGACAAGCGCCUUUUUCUGACAUGAACCGGUGGUUCCCUCCUUUUCUCGACUACAUCUCUCGUGUCUUGGGGAUCCCCCUGGGGAGAAUGUCCUCUAUUUCUGCUCCUCUGACCACAGAGUCCCCCAGGUCCACUACUUUAAGCAGGCGAUACCCCACUCCUCUUCAUCUUUUGAUGAAGCACAAGUCUAUUUUUGAAGUAUGUUCAUCGCUUCAAUACCCAAACGAAUCCAGUGCGCUCUUUAUAAAAAGCCAUAUUCCGAGUCUAAUUCAAGAGAGAAAAGCAUGAUGAGUCUAUGUCGACAUUAUUAUCUAUUAUCAUUAUUAUCUACUAAUUAUGUUGGUGUGAAUGAUACGAACGGAGGGAUCUCUGUGUCCCACAACUCCGAUAAAAACAACAGACUUUGCUACCGAAGGGAAACUUAUCUCUUUGAGUACCAACUUUAUAUACUACUAGCAAUCAACCACAUCCAAGAUCAAGAAGAAGAAAAAAUCUGACAGUGCGUGGGAGCCCAUUUCAUCAUUCAUGGACACUUGAAUCAAAGUUUCGAAUAAGUGCGACUAUCUGGUGGAACGGAAUCCCGGGCCCCUGGUCAGCAGCUUUGGCCAUUGACUCCAAAGGCCAUGGAAGAAUUUCCAACAACAUUGCACCCUUGUAAACUCAAAAUGUGGGGCGUUUGCAUGAAAUUUUUCAUUCAAAAAAGACUAAGUAUCCCGUGUUAUAUCUCGUUCUCCCCAUUGAAGAUCAAGAAGAACAUUAACAACAGACCAUCUAGCUACAAGGGUGACUAAACCAAGCGAAAAUCCGAACGUUAGCUUGAUCCAGAAGAAAAACAUCGAAAGUGGUUGAUCAACAACUAUCUUGACAAGCAAGAAGAUCAAUUUUUUUAUUUCUCCUAUUGUUUUAUUCAAUUUCUGGACGCCAUGCCAAAAGCGCAAUUCAUGACGGUCACCUUGAGCUUUGGCAGGUACUUGGCCAGUUCGCUAUUCGGAGUGCCAACCGGUUUAUACCACUGCCAUCUGGCUAAAAUGUCAUCCGAAGGUCUGGGAAGUGUUCAAGGUCCUAAAUAUCACCCCGAGCCAUCCUGGGGAUUUCAUUUUGCUCCCCAGGGGUGCGGGUACUUCCCGACCUUCAGGCUGGGACGGUGGGUAAUUGGAGGCGCUGUGAUGAAGGUGGAUUGGUAUUGUCUUGCUAAUAGAGCCAAGGAUGAAAUCCUCCAAGCGCUCUUACAAACUACAAAUCGAUUUGUGUGUAACCUCAAAUAUGUCUUACAAAUAAAACCAUUGGCUAAAACAAA